AUGGGGAAGCUGUUUCUUUGGGUUGGUGAGUGUGGCAGUUCCAGCGAUGUUAGUCCAGGAGAUACCAGGCUUCAUGAGUUUAGCAUCACUGCUGGGACUCAGGAGGCUGGAGAAGGGAUGGAACACACAGAAGGAUUGAGGGGCAUCCAGAAGAAAAUGCAGAGGCUGGUUCUUCUGCUGAAUCACCACAAUGGUGCUGCCUACAAACUGGUGUGUUAUUUCACCAACUGGGCACAUAGUCGACCAGGGCCUGCCUCCUUCUUGCCCCAUGAUCUAGAUCCCUUUCUCUGCACCCAUCUGAUUUUUGCCUUUGCUUCAAUGGACAACAACCGAAUUGUUGCCAGUAAUCUCCAGGAUGAGACGAUUCUCUACCCAGAGUUCAACCAACUCAAGGGGAGGAACACGGAGCUGAAAACACUGCUGUCUGUUGGAGGGUGGAACUUUGGCACAUCAAGGUUCACUGUGAUGUUAUCUACCCCAGCCAAUCGUGGCAAGUUUAUUGCUUCAGUUAUAUCCCUCCUGAGGAUACAUGACUUUGAUGGUCUUGAUCUUUUCUUCUUGUACCCUGGACUACGAGGCAGCCCCAUGCAUGACCGGUGGACUUUUCUCUCCUUAAUAGAGGAGCUGCUGUUUGCCUUCAAGAAUGAAGCACAAGUCACCAAGCGCCCAAGGCUGCUGCUCUCUGCUGCUGUCUCUGGUGUCCCACACAUUGUCCAAACAUCCUAUGAUGUGUAUCGUAUGGGACAACUCCUAGAUUUCAUCAAUGUCUUGUCUUAUGACUUACACGGAAGCUGGGAAAAGUUCACCGGACACAAUAGCCCCCUAUUCUCUUUUCCUGGGGAUCCCAAGUCUUCGGCCUAUGCCAUGAAAUACUGGCGAAAGCUUAGUGCACCCGCAGAGAAGCUCAUCAUGGGGCUCCCCACCUAUGGACGUACCUUUCAUCUCCUCAGAGCUUCUCAGAAUGGGUUGCAUGCUGCAGCUGUGGGACCAGGGGCUUCAGGGAAGUAUACCAAACAAGCUGGGUUUCUGGCUUAUUAUGAGGUUUGCUCCUUUCUUCAGAGCGCAAAGAAGUACUGGAUUGACUAUCAGUAUGUUCCGUAUGCCUGCAAAGGGAAGGAGUGGGUUGGCUAUGAUGAUGCCACCAGCUUCAGUUACAAGGGAAAGUUCAUAAUGAGAGAGCAUUUUGGGGGGGCCAUGGUGUGGACAUUGGACAUGGAUGAUGUCAGGGGCGCUUUCUGUGGCACCGGCCCCUUCCCCCUGGUUCACACAUUGAAGGACCUUCUGGUAAAGGCUGACUUGAGCACAACUUCUUUACCACAAUUUCAGAACUCAUCUGCUAUGACUGUUUCAAGAUCGGGCUCUGAAAGGCUGGCUGUGACAAAGACACCAACCACUGACACUAUGAAGAUUUUGCCUCCAGGAGGAGAGGCUGAGGCUAUGGAGGGCCAUGGGAAGAAUGAAAAUAUGACUCCAAUCCCUGCGGAUAGAAGUGUGACUCCUGGAAGGGAUACAACACUCCUUGGAAAGCACACUGUCACGUUCAGAGGGAAGACAGAGGCUCCUAGGGCAAAAACUGUGACCCCCGUGGCUCAUGUAUCUGGGACCAGUGCAGGCACCAUGGUGGCCCAUGUGCAUCCUCAGACAGAGACUCCUGCUGAGAACAGUUAUCAGUCUGUGAGCUCUGGAGGGAUGAGUGUAGUUCCUGUGACUCUUCAGGUGAAAACCCGUAGCCAGAAGACAAUGGCUCCUAAAACGUCCUUGUCUCCUCCCAGAGAGAUGUCAGUCACCCCUGGUGAGCAGAGCACCCUCCAAAGUGGUCAUUUUGUCUUUGAAAGUGAAAACUAAUGCCAAGGUUGGAUGAAAUUGGUGUUCAGAAAGAAGCUGAGACAGGAAACUGGACUCCAGCUAGGCCUGUCAUCCCACUGCCAGAAUGUAGUUCUCUUGCUUCUGAAAAUCACGUUCUCCCCACAGACAACAACUAUCUCCAUUAACACAAUGGCUCUUUCUCAAGUCCUCGUUCUCAAACUAGAAAACCUAGAAGACUCUGUUGUGAAUCAAGCGAUGUGGACCCUGUUGGUGGCAGACUAGGGGAAAGCUCUUGUGUUUGCUUUUAUCUGCUAGAAUAACAGAUGCCUGGUUGAUGAGGUAAAGUAGGCAUCAAA